AUGCCUGGUGAUGACCCAUUCGGUUUUCUGCCAGUGGCUGCAGACCAGCCCAAGCCGGUAAAGAAAUCUCACAAUUGGAGAGAGAAGCUGUUCUCCAAGGAUAAGAACAAGGGUGCUGUUGCCGAUAAACAGAUCGAGGACUUCCUUGCUUCUAAUCGUCCGCAACCCCAACAACCGGUAUCGACCAAAGCCGAUCCUAGUCAACCACCCCCGACCGUUUCAACAUAUCAAGUUGCCUCGCAAGAUGUCGCAAGCACUACCACUCCCCAGACCCCGAUUGCGACUGCGAAGGCGACCGAGAAGUACACUGCAUUUAGCCCUGCGGAAGCUCAACCCCCAUCCCUACCCCGCCAACUCCCACCACCAUCGCCACAGUCGCAAACACGCAGUCCUCCGCGCAAGCCCCGUAAGAACAAAGGCCUCCGAGUAGGAUUCUGUGAUCGCACACCAGAGAUAAUUGGAGAGGGUGGUGACGAAACGGAAGCACCAACGAUUGAGAUUUCCUGGUCGCGACAACGUGCUCGGGAUAGAGAAGUGCCUGCUCAACCCAAGCGUGCUCCGUCGCGGUCACCAAACCCCUCUAGAGACUUGCCAUCUUUGCGCGUGAACACAUCGCUUGAGGAUGCUGGUACACAGCGCCGAAAGCCACAGGAUGUGCAAAGUGGAAUAACCCCGGACUGGAAGCCUCCCUUAGUCGAAAACACCCCUGAUGCCGAUCUUCUUAACACCCUUCAUAUCACCAAGCCUGGGUCUCGCCUUUCAUUCCGGGGAUCGCCAGAUUCACACUCAUUUGCAGAGCGUGUGCGCAAUCAGAUGCAGGUGGAGGAAGCCAGGGCGUUGCAUAAUCGGUACAAAGACGGGGCCUCCCCAGUGGAGGACCCAGUAGAAAGAGAGGUCAACGAUGAGUAUGAGGACGAUGCGGUGACUAGCCCUAUCCAUUCUACUCAUAGUGCGCUUAGUGGACAUAGUGCGAACAGUGCGCAUAGCCCCAACAGUCCUCACAGCGCACAUAAAUCAGACUCGUUUCACGAAACACCUAUCUCGUAUACCUCGAAUGCGCCGUCCCUCAAGUCAAUCGUUCAGUCUAUUCGGAACCCUGGCAGCCCAGCUUCUUACCGUGGCGCGACAAAUUUAAGUCCCAUCGACCCUCGACUCCCUGCAGGGCUAAGGCCAGGAAGCCCAGGCAGGGUUGUGCAAACACCACCUAAGCUUCCUCAGCCACCCCCACAUGCGGCUCACCCUGAACCCUCCCCUCCCUAUGAGAAAUCCACCAAGAGUCAAAUGGCUUCAGCUCCUACUGCGGCGAGUCAGGAACCACCGCGAAACCCACAGGCGCCAAAGCUCUCUCUGCGCAAUAUCGCAGCGCAGAUCGGCGACACUGCCUUCACCGAGUUCAAAGAAUAUAUCAACCGAUACGAUAGCCUGCUUCGUCUUGCAGCAGAAAGUGUGAAACCUCUUGCGGAGACAUCCCUGGCGGAAUGGAUCCGAGCUGCGGUUUGGUGGUUCUUGCGAGGAAAGACACGUUUAGAGACAUUCGCUCGCAUGCGCAGCAAUUGUCCUCCAAGUUAUGCGAAGCAGGCCAUUGUUGAUCUUGGAAAAGCCUUAUGGAUCAAUGAACAGAUUGUGCCUGGGCAUUUUGAACUGUCUCGCUACGGCCAACAGAUGGGAAUUGAUGCGCUUUUGGCUGUUGCAAGCACGACAGGUGAUAAGGAGAUGGUUGAUUUAUUGAGUUUGCACCAGACUACUCUCAAUCAUUUGCGAUCGUUGUCCAUGUCAGUCAAGCGCAACAAAAUCAUUGCGCUUAUCGGUGAGGAUGACCUCUCCCCCAGCCACCUUGACACCAGCGUGUGGUUGCGUUACCCUUUCUUCGCCCCCAACGUGUCGGCCGUGCUCUCGGGAGCAGCAACAAGAUCCAUGCUGGCUGAAAAGCCGGGCAGGACACCUAGCAUUGUUUACAUGAUGCCACUGGGAGACUCGGCUCGCUACUUUAGCUAUGGUAGUAUGUUUGUUCAGGCUUGUGUGAGUUCUAGAGACGACGAUGGGGAGCAAUAUGCUAUUCAGUGCUGCCUGACAAUUAUUCGAGAGCGGGCAGAUUGGUAUGUGCUUGCUGCUAUUACCAGUCAAAGUCAGCUGGUCAACAUCAUGAUUCAAUCCGACCGAAAGCAGGGUCCCACUUGGGAUGAUGUGGAAUGGCAAGCCCGGACGCACUCCAUGAGAGUCAGAUUGUCCCGUGGGUUUGAAUUGGAUGUGACGUUCAAAGAGGAAGACUUCAAAACCCUUUGGAACAUUGUCAAGUACACCCAGAAGUCAGAGGCUAGUCUUGCGCCAGAGGAGGGUGAGACCGUUGUCUAUGAGAACACUGUGAAGGUCUUCCAGUACAUGGACCCUGGCACCCCUAAGGCUUUCCCUCCUGAGCCUUUGGAACGUUGUCGCAUUCGGUUGUUUGAACGUUCGGUCACGAUCAAAGAAGGCACUGGCUCGCGCAAUGCUCAUCGCGGAUUCCGAUUGACUGUAUUGACCAGCCCUAAAGUGAAGACCCUUAGCAAUGUGAAACACAUUCUCGCUCAUGGAUCUCCCGUGGUCUUUGGUCUGCUGAGGGGAGAAAAUGGCGCUCCUGCUCUUCUCCUCAAGGUGACUGAGGAUGGCCGAACCCGAUCCAUGCUUAUCACUUUCCAUGAAGUAGAAGAACGUACCAAAAUGCACGCUGUAUUGUUAGGGAUGAUUCCGCAGGAAGGAGAGUCCAAGACUCGUGAAAUCCCCAUUCGUUCGUAUUCCAUUGAGCAACCAGGAGAGUCUGCGAGCGGCCAGCCUGCCGUCAACCAUAUUCAGUUCCCAGCCGGAAACGUUUUUGUUAUCGAUCAGGAGCACAGCCAUGCAGAGCAUGGGUAUGGUCCUACCAUUCUGUCCGAAAAUCUGCGGGCCUUUAUUGCGACAGAAUGGGGAUCUGUGACUGAUCGCAUAAAUCUGGGACCUGGAGAGCUUAAGAUUGGCCUGGAUGUCAAUCGCAAGACUGGAAUGAGUUUGUUCCGCCCAGCACAGCAGGAUCUGACAGUUUCGCUGGCGGACAAUCUUAUCCAGCCGGAGAUGCCUGCGCAGGUGACGAGUUUCCUUGAGAAAAUCACGGCGAAGCCAAUGGCUCGUCGGAUUGAUUUCGCUUCAAUUCAAGAUCUGCAUGCAUUUGAAGAAGCGGUGACUGGUUUUAAGGUCAUUUACGAUGGGACGGCCUCAUGCUUUGCUAUCUCCCGCCGUCGCAGUGUUGUCCCGAUCUACAAGAGAUGGGAAGCCAACCUAGCACGAGUUCAAAUCGUGAAACAAGAAAAGAUCAUUCAGUUGGUUGCCUUUUUCGCCGACUUCCAACAUGGCACAUGCAUGAACUUCGUCCUCAAGGGUACGGAUCAUAUCGAGUCCUUUGGUCGUUCCGGCAAGUUUGGCAUUCGUAUCGUGGAUGCCAAAUUUGCACUCCCCAAGACCGAUGAUGACCCUGCUUCCAAAUUCGUGUGCCUGGAUAUGCCCGAAUAUCCAAUUGAACAUGACGAUCUCACCAUUACAUUCGAUUCUGAACUUGAUCGCACCAAUUUCAGGGUGGCUUUACCUGGAUCUGUUCGCGAACCAUCCCGCAUGGGAUCUCUACGCAGAUAA